AUGUUGCACGCGCCCCGUCUCGAAGAUAUUUUACUGACACAGCGAUUCCCCUCAGUCACUAAAACGGAGGGAUGGUUGGUGAACACAUCGGUUUUAGAUUCCUCAGAGGAAACGCAUCGUUUUCCUACCUUCCGCUGCUUCAUCCUCAGACUCCUCUUCGCCGUGUUCAGAGGGAGGAGUGUCCCUCCACACGUCCCCAGUGAAGUCGUGGUUGUUCCACACUGGGAGAAACAUGAAGCUGUAAGCUUUCCAGCGAUUUCCAGUAGCCCAUUUAAGCCAGUGGCACAGGAUCAUAAAACCAGGCUGUCUACGUCUCAAAGACUUCAAGAGCUUUUCUUCUCCCAGUGUCUGAGUGAUUAUGGCCCUCUCGAUAGAACAAUCAAGAACAAGAAAAUCUCAGGUCGUCAGCUUGUUCCUUAUGCAAAACUGAGUGUGGAGACAGACUUGGAGAUCACAGCUCACCUCAAGAAUCAUCUGCAACAACAUCAUUUUAAGCGUUCUAGCCAUGAUUCAUCUCCUGGAGGGAAGGAAGCUGAAGUAUUGAACUUUUUGAGAAGUAAAACAUUUCAGUUAAAGGACCAGGCCAUGAAGGCCUUGUUUAAUGUCAGUGGGCCUACAGCUCCACUCGAUGAUGCUCCUCAGCUUCUGCAGAGCUUAGCAGUACUGGAAGAUAAUGAAAUGGAAGAAGAAGAAGAGGAGGAUGAGAGCAAGCAGGAUGAAGGAGUUAUUCCUGCAUUGUCAUCUUGUACUGAUGAAGCUCCUGAUAUAGGCUCUUCUGAAGGAAACUGUGUAGGCUCUGAGGCUGAGAAGAAAGAAACCUCACUUUCUAAAGAAUGUGAUCAAAAAGGUCAGGAUGUUCAGGACUGUAUUAGCGCAAACAUCCUGCAAGAGGACACAGAUGUAUGUUAUCAUGUCAGACAGAGGAGAUUCAUGAUCUAUUUGUGUGGAGGAUACAGAGAUACAGUUGCAGAGCGUUCUGCACUAAUGGAGAGAGUGUAUCCCCAGCUGUACCUGCACUGUAAGCAGAGAGGCUUUGAUUUUAGAAUGGUUGACCUCCGUAGAGGCAUGGCAGACCCAGUUUCUGACCAUCAUGGUUCAGCAGAGCUACAUGUAGAGAUGCUUAAGAAGUGCCAAGAGACAGAGGGACCAAACUUUUAUUUGUUCAUGGGUCAGAAGCAUGAGGUCCAGUCAAUACCCACCAUCAUCUCUCAAGGAGACUUUGAGGCCAUUUUGAGAAUUGUUGUAAGAGACAGGAAAAAGCUGUCCAAGAGACAGUCAGAGGUGGAUGAAAUGGCUGUUGAAUCGCAAUCCAGCCUUGCUAUGGAGAGGAGACACGGUUGGCCAGAUGCUGGGCAGACUUUGAUCAGGGAUUUGACCCUCUUACAGACGUGGUACCGACUGGAUGAAAACAUGGUCCCACCUGUGUAUCGCCUGCUGCCUGUAAGUACACACCAUCCUGACUACUUGAGUCGUGAUGGGCAGCGCAGGAAAGCAGCGAGGAAAGCAUGGCGCUCUUCGUGUCUGCGGCUGUGGGGGGUGCUACAGCGCAGCGGCCCAGAGGCCAUUGGAGAGGCAGCUACGUCCCACUUACUCAGAACAGUAUUGGACUGGGAGGUGGAGCAGGGACUAGGAGCGAAACUCCCCGCUGAGGAGUACAGUCACUGCUAUAAGCGCAUCAUCACUGAUCUGCUGUAUAACCUGAAAAGCGAAUACGCCCCACAGUUCAUUGACCUGCACAAAGGCAGACCAGAAAUCAACCAAACCCUGUACCGAGCCCAACAAAGCUUCAUCCACAAGAUCCACAGCAAGGUGAGAAAAACUAGAGGCAAGGACUGGUGA